GUCGGAAGUGACAUCAGUGCCGGAAGUGUAACGCCGCGACCUUGCGGGCGUGUGGCAAAAUGAGGAUCGAGAAGUGCUAUUUCUGCUCGGCGCCCGUGUAUCCGGGCCAUGGCGUCAUGUUCGUCCGCAACGACAGCAAGAUUUUCAGAUUCUGCAGAUCAAAAUGUCAUAAGAAUUUUAAGAAGAAGCGUAACCCAAGAAAGGUCAGGUGGACAAAGGCCUUCCGCAAGUCAGCUGGCAAGGAAUUGACAGUGGAUAAUUCAUUUGAAUUUGAAAAACGUAGGAAUGUGCCAGUCAAGUACCAGAGAGAACUGUGGUCUAUGUCAGUUAAAGCAAUGAAGAGAGUUGAGGAAAUCAAACAGAAGCGCCAAGCAAGAUUUAUUAUGAACAGGUUGAAGAAAAAUAAAGAGUUACAAACAAAGGCAGACAUCAACGAGGUCAAACAGAACAUCCAUCUCAUCAAGGCUCCUCAUGCAGAAAAGUCAAAGAAGUUGGAGGAAAAGAUAGUGGAGACUUUGCAGGAAGAUAUGGAAAUGGCAGAAGAUUCAUAACCGUAUCUGCUGAUGGCCAGAUCCCAUCAGUUUCACUCUGUUGAGCUACCGAUAUAAAUAUAGCUAAUUUAUCUUCGAGUGACGUAACAAUCCUUUGCAAAUUUGACCGACUCACAUCAGAUUUCCUAGUCAUGUCCUUCCAGGCUCUAGUUGACCUCCAUGAAAUUGAUUAUUAAAUAUUAAGAAAGCUCUUUGCCUCAGCAAGACGAAUGAUGACUGGUGGAUAAAAAGAACAUUUGGAAACGGUCUCUGUGGUUUUGAAAAAUCUGAUUAUACUUUUUUCUGUUCCAUAAUAAAUGUUCUGUUCCAUAAGUAUGACAAGUAUAUUUUUAAAACGUUUGUGACUGAUCUGCUAGCUUCAAAUGUAAGCUAGACAUGGAAAAUUCUAGUCAGUCAUUAAAUUAAAAGCAAACUGAUUUAUUGAGUUGAGGGAAUUGUAAUAUUUAUGCAAUUAUUUUGCUUUCUCACUUUUCUAGUUAAAUUCCAUAAACUCUAUAUUCUAUCUUAUUACUGAGCAAUGUUUGUUGUAUAUGACGCCUCAGAUCUCUUCAUUCAACCUUUAUUUACAGAUCACUAUAUUUUCUCCUUCAUGCUAGUCCUUUUGUUAAAUGCCACACUAUGGGUUGACUGCCCUUGAGUUAGUCUCAUGUUAUUAUUCUCUUAAUGAAGAAUAUCUUGGUCAUUAAUAAAUUCAAUUAUUCAGUA